CGGAAGGCUUUUUUGCCCGCCUCUGGACGCGGGGGAGCUUGGCUGAUGCAACGUGGCCACGCUUGCAAGGCUCCGGGCUCCCUCGCCUGUUCUCCGGGUGUCACGACGGAGCGGACGCGUCUGGGUCGCACCCGAGGUGCUGAUUGCUACACCGUGGAGAUAUAAUUUGUGAACUUAAGAAGCCAAGGACUGAGAGGACAGAAAAUGAGAGUGGGCAUGCUGCUGUAAACGGUUUUUUGCCUGUUGCAUGCUUAAGAUGAGCACAUAAGAAACCUCCGCUGCAUGCUUGAAUCCUUUUUUGCUUUGGAGAGGAGUCGGCAAGCGUGUGUGCCUUUUGUGUGCAUCUCGUAGCAUAUACAAUUCACGGAGCCUAAAGGACACUGUCUCCUCCACUUUCACAUGUGUGAAUCUUUGUGUGCCUAUAGCGUCCAAACUCUAUUAAUUUGGCUGUGAUUGAGGGUAGGCACAGACAACGCAAGGGCAAAGUGAGAACCCCUCUUUGUAUGAGUGGGUUGUCCGUAUGUGCGUGCAUGAACUGAUCGAGUGAUGUGUGUGAGCUUAGUUCGUGUUUCAGUGCAUCAAUCCUUGUAUUACACCAUAGAGAAUUUUGUAGGCAUAUGCACCUGCGACUGCACAACAGUGUGAGGGCCGAAGUUCUGUGUGCUAAGGGUAAUUGACACACACAAAUGCCCACAUCUGUGGGAGUGUGAGAGAGAUUUGCUAAUGUGCAAGGAGUGUAUACACUUUUAGCAGUUCACUUUCCGUUUCCCUGGUCCCAUGGUACACGUGAGCCUGUGCUAGUUGCAGGAGAAGAGUCUUUUUUGGGGGUGCGACAUCUGUGUCGCACACAUAAGUGUGCACAGACAAGUGUGAAGGCGUGUGAUUGUGCAAGGGCCCUAGGAUCUAGCUGCGUGCACAAUUUGUGUGUGUGUGUGUGUCACAUCCCUCCACCGAUGGAGAAAUCCAAAGCGGACUUCGAAUGUGCAACAAACGCCGAAGGCGAAUUCAAUCAAGAUCUGCUCACAGAUGAACCGGAUCCCCGACCGGCCUGGGGGUCCAAAGUUCAGUAUAUCCUGGCCCAGGUUGGCUUUUCGGUUGGGCUUGGCAACGUCUGGCGAUUCCCCUACCUUUGCCAUAAAAAUGGAGGAGGUGCUUUCCUGCUGCUAUACCUGCUGCUUCUCUUCAUCAUUGGGAUCCCCUUGUUUUUCUUGGAGCUGGCGGCUGGGCAGAUUAUCCGGCAGGGUAGCAUCGGGGUCUGGAAGUACAUCAGCCCCCGCCUGGUGGGCAUUGGCUUCGCCAGCUGCGUGGUUUGUUCCUUUGUUGCCCUGUAUUAUAAUGUCAUCAUUGCAUGGAGUCUUUUCUACCUGGCUAACUCCUUCCAGUUACCCCUGCCUUGGACUGAUUGCCCAGCAGCAACCAAUCAAACUGCCCCAGAAACAGAGUGUGGCCAAAGUUCUCCCACCAUCUACUUCUGGUACCGCGAGACCUUGGAUGUGACCAACUCCCUUGACGAGAGCGGAGGCCUUGACCCGGCUCUUACUGGCUGCCUCUUUGCCGCUUGGGCUCUUGUGUGCCUGGCAAUGAUCAAAGGCAUCAAGUCCUCUGGCAAGGUUCUGUAUUUCAGCUCUCUUUUCCCCUACGUGGUCCUCUUGUGCUUCCUCGUACGGGCGCUGCUGCUGGACGGCGCGGUUGACGGGAUCAGAAUCAUGUUCACGCCCAAUCUGUCCAUCUGGGGAGACAUGCAGGUCUGGCGCCAGGCAGCCACCCAGGUGUUCUUUGCCCUGGGACUGGGCUUUGGGACCAUCAUUGCCUACUCCAGCUAUAACCCACGCCACAACAACUGCCACAUCGACGGGCUGCUGGUGUCUGGGAUCAACUUCCUUACUUCAGUGCUGGCCACGCUUGUAGUGUUUGCCGUGCUGGGCUUCCGUGCCAACAUGAUCACACGGGACUGUGUGGAGAGGAAUACAAAAACCUUGUCUCUUCUAGCAUCAAACGGCUCCCUCCCUGCUGCGCUGCCCCACCUUGGAAAUUUCUCUGACCUCUCGGCCGCUGAGUACAGCGCUUGGUAUCAGGGUCUUCAGAACGACAUAGCAGAGUGGCUGCAGAUGUGGAACAUCAGUGACUGCCGCGCAGAGGAUGAGAUGAACAAGAAUGUGGAAGGCACAGGACUGGCUUUCAUCACCUUCACGGAGGCCAUGACCCUCUUUCCGACUGCCCCAUUCUGGUCGGUGCUGUUCUUUUUCAUGCUGCUGAACUUGGGGCUGAGCACCAUGCUGGGGAACAUGCAAGGGAUCAUCACUCCAUUGCUGGACAACUUCCACAGCCUCCAGCGCCGGCGGACCCUCUUCACAGUGCUCUGUUGUAUUGUUGGAUUCCUGCUGGGCCUGGUUUUUGUGCAACGGUCAGGCAGCUAUUUUGUGUCCAUGUUUGACGACUACUCGGCUACCCUGCCCCUGCUUAUUGUUGUGGCUUUUGAAGCUUUUGCCGUGGCCUGGAUCUACGGAGCAGACAGGUUUUUAAGUGACAUAGAAGACAUGCUGGGCUGGAGGCCUUGGAGGAUCUACAGCUACAUGUGGCGCUUUGUCAGCCUGGGAGCGAUGCUGUGCCUGCUGCUAGCGAGUCUGUUGCACAUGGCUAUGAAGUGGCCCACCUACCAGGCCUGGAACAGAGAAAAGGCAGAGGAGCAGAUGCUGGAAUACCCUCCCUGGGCCCUGGGCCUCCUCGUAGGCCUCAUCGUUAUGGCUGCUCUCCCCAUCCCAGCGAUGUUUCUCCGGCAGCUUUGGAUGGAUUGGUUUGCCCAGCGUAGUAGCCGUUCUGGCAUGGUGAUAGCGCCUGUACCCACAGAGGAUGACGAUGAGGUGGCAGAAAGAGAGAGCCCUGCUGAUACUGAGCACCAAGGCAACGGGUACUUGCUUGUCCAGGCAGAAGAUGGGCAAGACUGACGGGAGGCACUUCCAGCUGGAAUGUACCAGCUGGAGGACAUCUGACCUGCUCCGGCUCCUAGAUCCUCCUGACCAUUGGCUGUAUUUUCCAGCCUCUGAUAGCGGCGACCAUGUUUGUUUAGACACCCACCCACACCCCCAGUGUGCUGUUUAUGGCUUACAAGGCUGCUGCAGCUUUGAAGG